UGCGCAGCAGGCCCGGUCCCGGCCACUGGCCUGCUUGGCCUUCUGUGAUCGCGGUCUCGCUUUGUGGGAGGAAGGGCUCCUUCCCUCCCCAGGGCCUGCCACGGGAGGGAGCUCUGGCUUCCCCCAUCACUUCCAGGCCUGGAAGAAACACGUGCUCCCAUGAGUGCCCUGAUGAACUGGGUAAUGCAGCCUGAAAGAGAGGAAGAAUUCAUCCCCUGUGAGGUGAACUCUGACAGGGGAGUUACGGGCCCAGGAUCCAGCAGAUGAAGAAAUUAACUAUACUGCUCUGGUUACAAUAUAUUGUUAAGAUCUCAAAAAGUUUCCAUUAUAUACCAGUGAAUAAACAUACAACAGAAGUUUUUAUUGAAUGGGAUGAAUUUCCUAAGGAAGGAAAUCCUGAAUUUUAUUUUUUAACUUAUCAACUUGUUAAUGAUAUUGCUCAAAAAAAUGUAAAAAGUAUUCUCACAAACCCACAAAAGCUUCAGAAAUCAAUAAUAACAAUAGAGGAAAAUAAAGACUAUCACAUCAUUAUUCAGUCCAUAAAAUGUGGAAAAAUUUUAAGUGAAAAGUCAUUUCAAACCCGUGGAAUCUCAACUAGCAAUAUUAAAAUAAUAACAACAAGUACAAGUGUUUCUUUUAACUGGAGUGUACUUUCUUCCAAAGAUAUAGCUGUGUCAAUAUCUCUUAAUAAUUCUUCACAAAUAAUGCAAAAUAAUGUUAUGGUUUAUGAGUGGAGUAAUUUGAAACCUGUGACCUUGUAUGUGUUUACAUUUGAAUUUAAACAGUUGAAUUUGGAUUUAAUAAAUAUAUUUCAGAGACUGGAUGUUCAAGUUGAAACAGGUUCAUGUUCACAAGGAUGGGUGGCAUUAAAAAAUAACUGUUAUAGAAUUAGCAAUGAGAGUAAGCCAUGGAAUAUAGCCAAGCAACAUUGUCAGUUAUCCUUAAAUUCUGCGCAUCUUGUAGACAUAAAAAAUGAAGAGGAAAAACAUUUUAUAUAUUCACAUCUCAGGUCAAACAAUCAAAAAAUAAUAUGGACUGGUCUUAGUGAUAUAAAGAAACGAGGUCAUCUCAAAUGGACAGAUGGAUCAUCUUUUGGCCUUAAGAAAAAUGAAAUAUUUUCUUUAUCAUUGACACCCAAGAAUGAAACAGAUUGCUACAUUUUACAGCAAAAUGCAACUGGAUCAAACUAUUUCUUUAGAAGAUUUUUCUGUUAUGUUCCAUUGCCAUAUAUUUGUGAAUAUGAAUUACCUUCUCCACAGGAAAACUUUUUGUUUUAUAUAAAAAAUGUUGGAACAACUGAAGUUGUAUUUAGUUGGAAUAAUUUCAAUGUUUGGAAUAAUUUGAAUAAGUGGCUGAAACUGGGAUAUAAGAUUAUCAUUAAAUAUUAUUUCAAUUAUACAGAAGAACAACACUUUGAAAGUGUGCCCCCAAAUACUAAAGAAAAAGUGAUUACCCAUCUGUUUCCUGGUCAUAGUUAUUCAUUUUUACUCUUUGCAAUAAAUGAAUGGGAGGCAAAAACUAUUUUAAGUCCAGUAUUCAUUGUAGAAACACGCCCUUUAUCAGCCUCAAAUUUAAGAGUUAUGCAUGCCACCCCAACGGAGAUAUUUUUACAGUGGGAUCCUCCAGAGUCUGUAUUUUUCCAUCAUUAUCUUGUAACUAUUUUGGAUAUUGAAAACAAUAAAUCAAAAGAAGUGUUUGUUGAAAAACUUAACACAACAACAAUAAUCAGAGGCCUCAAGUCUUUUCAUCAUUAUCUGAUGUGUCUAUUUAGUGUAGCAGAAAGAGGAACUUUAAGUUGCUUUGAGAAACCUGUUUUAGCUGUUACAGGUAUUAAUCCAUUUCAGAAAGUUUAUGCUAAACCUGAAGAUGUGGGAGAAGACCGUAUAAUUCUUCAAUGGAAACCUUCACAAGGUGGCCACGAGAUCUACAUUCAAAUCAAAUCCGUAUCAGAUGCAAGUGAAAUCAUGAAGCUCUUUAUAAAGGAUGCUAAUAGAUUUAAGAUUGAUAAUUUAAUCUCCGGAAUGACAUAUGACAUUGGAGUCGCAACAGUGAUUAAUGGGAACUUGAGUGAGCUGGUAACUAUUCAACAAACUCUAAAGCCCAAACCAGUCUGGAUUAUUAUCCCUUAUGAAAGUCAUAGUACCUCUGUAAUCUUAUUUGCUCAAAUGCCCAAUGUUGGAAUGUUUGAUGGCAUAUAUAUUGUAAUUGAAGGAGGGCCAAAUAUAACCAUUCUUUUAAAACAUGGUCUGGAAGUACCAACGAAUAUCCAUGAGGGCAAAGUUAAGGACUCUUCCAUAGAAAUUCUCUGGAAUCGAGCUAAUGGGAAUUUUCAGCAUUAUGAAAUCACAUGCAUUAACUGUGCUGCCAUUUUCAUGGUACAGAAGGUAGUUCAAGAAACAGCAACAUUCUGUAACCUGGAUCCUGCCACAGUAUAUACCUUUUCAAUUCGGACUGAAAAAGAAGGUUUUAAAGACAAUACCCCUAACAUAAGAGAAAUACAGACAGCCCCCAGUUCAGUUGACUUUAUGAACCAUAGUAGAGACUCAAAUGCAAUAACUAUUAGCUGGCCUUCGAUUAGAAGUCUUCUGGAUGGAUACAUUAUUUCAAUAUUCAGUGAAAGUUUAAUGAAAGAAGAAAUCCUGCCUUCCACUAAAAGAUCCAGACCCACCUUCAGAUUUGCUAAUUUUGGAGCAAGACAAAGACAUGAUAUAUUUGUCUUGGAAACUACCACAAGGAGUCUUGGAAAAAUUUCAGAUAUCCUAUUGUAUGACAUCUAGAAAGGAAAAGCUAUUUAAAGUAAUUGUUGAUGGCAACAAAGCCAAAAUAAAAUAUUUGAUUCCAG